AUGACCGACUCACACGACCUAGCAGUGCGGUAUGAAGGCCAAGGCCUGCCAGUGCUCGUCAUACAUGGCUGGGAAAUAUCAGGAGCUGUCGAGGCCCACGACCUAGAACCAAUCUUCGACAAACUGGACGGCUAUCGUCGGGUAUAUGUCGACUUGCCAGGAAUGGGCAAGACGCCUGCGCACGGCAUCAAAAGUUUGGACGACAUAUUCGAGAGGCUUUCGACCUUUGUGGAGAAGCACAUCCUUCCAUCAAGAUUUCUCGUGACGGGCAGUUCGUGCGGCGCAUACCUCGCCCGCGCCAUAGCAUACAAGUACGCGGACUCCAUCGAUGGGCUUCUUCUUCGCGUGCCACUGGUGGAGCCGGAGAACUCGAAGCGAGACCUUGACUCUUUCACGCCUGCCAUUAAGGACGAAAAGCUGCUGGCUUCUCUAGGGGAUGCUGAGGUGGAGAAGCUAGGCGACAUUCCUGUCCAAACAUCGGAAUAUGUCGAGACAUUCAAACACCGACUCGUGGAUAAAGUAUUACCUGCAGUCGCGAAAUCGGAUGCGGCGGUCCUUGGUUCAAUACGGAACGACCCAACCCUGUACAGGCUGUCGGUGACGAUGCAUAGCGCAGAGGCUCCUUUCCUCAAGCCGACCUUGAUUUUGACAGGCCGACAAGACAGCGUGGUGGGAUAUCGCGAUUCCUGGCCACUGUUGAAGUCAUAUCCGCGUGCAAGCUUCGUGGCCCUGGAUCGAGCAGAUCAUGGGUUACCGGUCGACAAGCAUGAGACAGAUCUUUUCAGGGCUCUGGUUACCAAUUGGCUUCGGCGGGUGGAGGAAGUGCGGCAAUUGUCUCCAUGA